CAUGGCAACGGCCAGAGGACGAGGAGGGGUGGGGGUGUGGGGGGGUGGUGGAGGUGUGGUGUGGUGAGGGGCUGACAGUUUAACCGGACCACAGAGAGCAGCAGCAGUAGCACUAUUUCCACUCGUGGCUGACUGAAGAAACGCAGCGCGUGUUAUCUCGACCAGUCUGGGCUCGCACACACACACACACACACACACACACACACACACAUAUAGACACACAGACACACACACACACCGAACGAUGCACCACCGCCGCCGCCGCUCCACACUGUCUCCGCCGCUGACCAGCAGGUGCGCGUCCGGGGAACACGCACGUCAUUAACGCCACAGAGAAUAAACUUAUAUGUCCGCGCGCUGCUGUGUGUCCUUCUCCCUGGUCCCGUGCGCAGAGGAUCGAGAAGAUGCUGAGCCGACUGAUGAGUAGCAGCAUCAGGAGUCUGGACCGGGAAUGCAACUGCACUGUGAGGCUGCUGGACGAUUCCGAGUACACCUGCACCAUCCAGCGGGAUGCCAAGGGGCAGUACUUGUUUGACCUCAUCUGCCAUCAUCUCAACUUGCUGGAGAAGGACUACUUUGGCAUUAGAUAUGUUGACCCAGACAAGCAGAGGCAUUGGUUGGAGUUUACUAAGUCAAUUGCCAAACAGAUGAAAUCCCAGCCUCCAUUCACCAUGUGUCUGCGUGUCAAGUUUUACCCACCUGACCCUGCUGCGCUGAGAGAAGAAAUCACCAGAUAUCUUGUCUUCCUGCAGGUUAAGAGGGAUCUUUACCACGGUCGCCUCCUCUGUAAGACAUCAGAUGCUGCUCUGUUGGCUGCUUACAUCUUGCAAGCGGAGAUUGGAGACUACGAUCCUGGGAAACACCCAGAGGGCUACAGCUCCAAGUUCCAGUUCUUUCCUAAGCACUCAGAGAAGCUGGAGCGUCGCAUUGCUGAGAUCCACAAGACUGAGCUGAUAGGUCAGAGUCCUGAAACGUCAGAGCUUAACUUCCUGCAAAAAGCUCAGAUGCUGGAAACAUAUGGAGUAGACCCUCAUCCCUGCAAGGAUGUGUCUGGAAACCCGGCGUUCUUGGCUUUCACUCCUUUUGGAUUCACUGUGCUCCAGGGAAACAGGAGGAUUCAUUUCCUCACAUGGGAGGAGGUGACCAAGCUCAAGUUUGAAGCAAAGACAUUCCAUAUAUAUGCAAAUCAGACAGAGGAUAGGAAGAUCAUACUGACAUACUUUGCACCAACACCUGAGGCCUGUAAGCAUCUCUGGAAGUGUGGAGUUGAGAAUCAGGCCUUCUACAAGUUGGAGAAGUCAAGUCAAGUCCGCACUGUGUCCAGUAGUAAUCUGUUCUUCAAGGGUAGUCGUUUUAGAUACAGUGGAAAGGUUGCAAAAGAGGUUAUGGAACAAAGUGCGAAAAUAAAGAGAGACCCUCCUGAGAUCCACAGGGCUGGCAUGGUCCCAAGUCGAAGCUGUCCAUCCAUCACCCACGGGCCUCGACUGACUAGCGUUCCAAGGACCCGACGGAGAGCGGUGCACAUCUCCAUCAUGGAAGGUUUGGAGUCCCUUCGAGACAGUGCCCACUCCACACCUGUACGCUCAGUCUCCCACGGGGACUCCUUCAUGUCUUCUCGGGGCCAGAUGGUGGAUGGCAGCGAGGCAAGCACAUCAGCGGUGAUCUCAGACGAGGCCUACAGCCCCUCAGACAGCGUGCUGCCCACCCCAGUCGCUGAACAUGAGAUGCCGGUGGCGCGUCACCUCAACGGGGCUCCCUGCAGCAUAGAUGAGGAGAAGGAGGCGGAGGCGGCGUCGAUGGAGGGGCAGGCGGCUGUGUUCAGGCCUGGCAGGAGAGUGCUGCGUACGGUGAGGAGCAAGUCCUCAUCCCAUAAUGAUGUAGAGGAGCUAAACAAGUUCAUUCUGAGCGUGUUACGUUUAUUCCUGGUCACCAUCGGACUGCUGUUCGCCCUUCUGCUGCUCCUCAUCAUGCUCACAGAGUCAGACCUGGACAUUGCCUUUCUGAGAGACAUCCGUAAGACACCUGAGUUUCAGCAGUUCCACUUUGAAUACUUCUGCCCCCUGCGGCGCUGGUUCGCCUGUAAAUUACGAUGGAUGGGAGGUUUCCUCAUCAGCAAGUGAGGCAACGUCAAAGAUACAGAGACUGACUGACACAUCAAAAGCCUCCACUGAUGGAGGCGGGACAUGGGGAAACAGACGGACAGGUGUUUGGAGGGAAAAGGGAACAGGUGGAAGCCCAGCUCCCAGUGUUAAAUCAGCUUUUACCAGGAAAGACUUCCUGUCACAAGCCACGGACCAUGAAGGACUUUAUUUAAUUUCUUUGGGCGUAACUGCGAGGAAAUAGUAUCAUUGCUCAUGAUUUACUUUUGACGUUCAGGUCAGUUUAAAUAUUUUAUUUUUUCACAAAAUCUCAGUAUUAGUGUUUGAUUUUAACACUGAAAAGGAAACCAAGUCAGAGUGACAUCACAGAAAAUAGUUGCCUUUAUUUUUGUAUUAAUUCACAUGUUGUUGCUUUAUGUAAGACAGAUGUGUUGGGUUGUUACGUGUUAUGUGACUUGACAGUUUGAAGGAAGUUUGGAGAGAUAACAAAAUAGGGGGCAUUCUAGCUCAUCUAAUUUUCAUUUUUAAGCCAGGAACAGUCACAAUGAUAAAGUGUGAUUAGGUGUGCGGUUUGAAAUUGUACUAGUCUCUGGGUGAUACAGAAAGUGUGAAAUGGAAAACUAAGCAGCGCGUACUGAAUGUAGAUCAGCCCGGAGUCAAAGCAUUUUUUGCAUUUAUUGUUUUGUUUUGGCUUUUUUUACGCAGUUUGAGGCACAUUUAUAGAGUUUGCUGUGUAGUUUUAGAACAACUUAGCACAGGAUUUUUGUUUGAAAACUUGACAUUUGGAAACCAGAUAUUUUCAGAUUUGUCCUGAUGUGGUACACAACCUCACGUGUUUUACAUACAAUCUAUGGUCUGAAAACAGUAGCUGUAGUCAGACCUUAAACAUCCAUUAACAGUGUUUUCACAUUCGUUUGCCAUUUUUAUCUGGACCCUAGAGUGUCAAUAAAGUUCAGUCAUCUAA